UUCAAUUGCGUAACGUGUUGAAGAGAUCAAAGAGAUUCGGCAGCGUACAUCACAGUGUUCGAAGACAUUUUCGAGAGUUUAGACGUGCGAAUUAACAAACCAAAUCUAAAGUACAAAGCUAUCAAACAUGCCACGACGGGGACGUGCAUCUGCUCCUCCACCAAGGACUGUUAGGCGGGCAGCACCACCUCCAGCUCCAGCUGCGGCAGCACAUCCACCAGCCCAUGCUGCUUCAGCAACACCCAUGGUUGCUCAGCCUCAGCAGCCAUCCCUUAUGGGACAAAUGGCUGCCACUGCUGGAGGUGUAGCCAUUGGUUCAGCUGUUGGUCAUACAGUUGGACAUGCUAUCACUGGCCUUUUCAGUGGUGGCUCCAAUGAAGCUGCUGCUGUACCUGCUGCAGCACCUGUGGCAGCGCAGAGCUCUCCAGCUUCUGCACCUGCCACUGGCGCAUGUGCAUGGGAAGUCAGACAAUUCUUGGACUGUGCCCAGAAUCAGUCUGACCUUACAUUGUGUGAUGGGUUCAAUGAAGCCCUUCGUCAAUGCAAAGCUUCUCACAAUAUGAUUUGAAGCAGUAUUUUUGAACAAGUGGACAGUAGGAGUUAUUAGAAAAACUUUAGAAAAUUGAUACUAUAUGAAAUUUUAAUCUGAUAGGCGACAUACAAAAAGAAAAGAAAA